UUUCCUACUUAGAAAUCUACAAUGAAUGUGGUUAUGAUCUGUUGGACCCAAGACAUGAAGCCUCCAGACUGGAGGAUUUGCCAAAAGUGACAAUAAUGGAAGACCCUGAUCAGAACAUUCAUCUGAAGAACUUGUCUCUUCAGCAAGCAACUAAUGAAGAAGAAGCCCUAAACCUGCUGUUCUUGGGAGACACCAAUAGAAUGAUUGCUGAGACACCAAUGAAUCAAGCCUCAACCCGAUCUCACUGCAUUUUCACUAUUCACAUCUCCAGCAAGGAACCUGGAUCUGCAACCAUCCGACGCUCCAAGUUACACUUAGUAGACCUUGCUGGAUCAGAGCGUGUUGCAAAAACUGGAGUUGGAGGUCAUUUGUUGACAGAAGCCAAGUAUAUCAACCUAUCAUUACAUUAUUUGGAGCAGGUAAUAAUUGCUCUUGCAGAGAAAAAUCGGUCACACGUUCCCUACCGAAACUCUAUGAUGACCUCAGUGCUAAGAGACAGCCUGGGAGGAAACUGUAUGACUACCAUGAUAGCAACGCUCUCUGUAGACAAAAGAAACAUAGAUGAAUCUAUAUCAACCUGCAGAUUUGCACAGCGAGUUGCUCUUAUUAAGAAUGAAGCAGUUCUUAAUGAAGAGAUUGACCCUAGACUGAUGAUUGCUCAACUGAAGAGCGAGAUCCAGGAGUUGAAGGAUGAACUGGCACUGGUGACUGGCGAGCAAAGAACAGCAGAGCUCUCACAAGAAGAACUACUUCGGUUGGAUGAGCUAACUGAAAGAUUUCUGGAAGAUACUGAUCCUGAAAGCAUUCUAGAUGUUGGUCCUGACAUGCGCAAGAUCAAGUAUUGCUUCAUUCACAUGAAGCAACUGAUGAAUCAAUCAAAGAUUUCUGAUAAAAAACUGCUCUCACAACCCACUUUGGAAGAAAAAGACUCUAGCAUGCAAGCAGGAAAAGACGAGUUGAAGAAACUGAAAGAACUUUUGCAGCAAAGAGACAAUGAAAUCAAUAUUCUAGUAAAUAUGCUAAAAAAAGAAAAAAAGAAAGUGCAAGAUGCCCUUUUCCAGCUUAAUGCUGUCUCUGGUGGUUCUAAAGUCUUGGAGCAACCUCUUUCUAUAAACUUGGAAGAAAGUCGGAGCCCAUCUAGUUGUGUUAAUCUGAAAGAGGCAAAAGAUAUCAGCUGUUUAGUUCACAGACUGCCUUUUCUUUCCAGAAAAACAGGAGGAAAGAUGUCACUUGGAUGUCAGGAGGCUUUUGAAGUUUUCAAGCGGGACCAUGCUGACAGUAUAACCAUUGAGGACAACAAACAGCUUCUGAAGCAGAGGUUUGCUGAAGCUAAAUCCCUUGGAGAAAAAGUAAAUGAAGUGAGAAAUAAAAUAAACCAUCUGAAGGGAGAGCUAACCCAACGGCACAUUCAGAGGGCAGCUUUAGCUGUUGCCAGUCCUUCUGAAGAGCUAAAUAAGCUUGAUCCAGUAGAAGAGAAGCUUCGAGCACAAAUUGAAGAAGAGAAAAAAAGUUAUAAAACAAUGUUCAAUCGCUUGAAAGGCUUGAAGGUGGAGAUUGAGCACCUGCAGCUUCUCAUGGAAAAGGCCAAGGUGAAGCUGCAAAAGGACUUUGAAGUCUGGUGGUCUGAAGAGGCAACAAAACUACAGGAAAAGCCAGAAUUGGUUAAUUCUUCAAAUACUGCAGCAGUUUAUCCCCGUUUUGUCAAAUCCUCGCAACAUCUAUCUACUAACAGUUUUUCAGAGACCAGGAGAAUCAGCCCCAAUGAAGAUGCAGCCGGGAAUACAAAUUCAAUUACUUUUAGUUAUCCAGCUUCGAAAUCAAGGACCCUACCAACUUCAAGCUCAUCUAUUCCUCUAACUGGAGAUAGUCAGACUGAUGCUGACAUCCUCGCUUUCAUUAAAGCAAGAGAGAACAUCCUGCAAAAGAAAGGCUUGAGGAACAAGUGAAAUUCAUGUUGCAGUCCGCUAUUUACUUUUAGAAGUAGUUAAAGACUUCUUUACCUUCCUCUUCUGUUUAGAAACCAGGUACAAAUAACUACUUUGGAUAUAUACCUUUAAUUGGUAAAGCUGUACAAGUGACUUGCAUGUGACAGAAAAAUCCAUUUCUCUAGGGAAUGAUAUUUGAAGUUUUGCACUCAGAAUGUUGAACUUGCGUUAAGAUUUAGCAAAACUAAAACAACUAAACAGGAACUUGCCAAGUGUGUUUAUUUACUGAGAAUUUGUUGAGUGUUUUCUAAUGUCAAAAUUAUCUAAUGUUUUAAUUCUCUUCUACAUCUUCAGUCCGAGGAAACUUAUUGUUACCGAUGGAUUUUUUUUUCUUCUUUGGUAUUUGUAUACUGGAAGCUUGCAAACAAAUUCAGUCCAGCAGAUUUACCUGCAAGGAUUUAUGUAAGACUUUACUGAUUAUGGUUCAGGUGGUUUCCAGAGAUGUUUGUGCAAAAUAGUAGUUAUCUGGGUCAUAAAAUCCUGCAAAUUUUCAUUUGAGACCUUUUGCUGAUGACAAUGCAUGAGUUCUACUUUUUUCCCUUCCCCAAAAAGUAGCUUUCAUACUAGAUGAUUAAGAUACUGAGGUUGUGUUGUAAUAUGAAAAUUAAUUUUCAUUGGAAAGAAAUUCUACAAUUCAAAAUUAUAAUGUUUUUUCAUGAGAAUACAUUAGAUGGUAUGCAAAACAUACACCUUCCCAUAAUAUCCAGUUUUCAGAAGAAACAAUGACAUUUGAUAGGCUUAAAGCAAAACAGGACCAUUAAUUGUAAAACACAAAUGAAAUCCGAAAAAAUAAGUGCAGUUAUAUAUUAUAUACAGCAUAACUUCGCUCUUGACACAGUGCUGCUUUAUUACAUAACAUGCUGUCUUACUUUACACUUCAGAUUAAAACAAAUGCAAAAAUUCAGCACAAAAAGUCUGUUUCUGAGAUAUGCGUAUUUUCAGAUUGAAAACACCGUUUUUCAUGCUAGUGAUAAUCUUGCAGUCGUAUAAUUGGAAGGGUUUGGGUUGUUCACAUAAAAAUACAGUAAUUAUUGGCAGGAGUAACAUAUCAUUCUCAAGGAUGUAUAUUUCCUCAAGUUGCUGUUGCUGGAUUCUGUGACAAAUUCAGAAUUAUUCAGAAGCACAUGAUGAAGCGAUAUGUGUUCAAACCUAUAGAAGACAUAU